AUUCGGGUCUUCGCCGCUGAGCAGUAAUCUCAUAUUCUCACGUGCUCACAGUCAUGACUUUGCGGGAUGCACUACUAGCUGGUCUGUCCAGCCUACCAGGCACUCGUGAGUUUCACCUCCAUGUCUUAGUCUCAUCACCCAGAAAGCACGGGGGCCUUUUUCCAUUUGCAAAUCCACGACCAAGGACAUAUUUGCAGGACAUAUUGAUUCUGCUAUCCGAACAAACCACACCUGACUCCUCUCGCGUAUUCGUCUCCGCAAUUGAAGCAUGCGUCUACAACGUCCCAUCGACGUCCUGCGCAAUCCUAUACAUCUCGAAAGUUGAUUCUACUGGUCAAGCUACAGCACCCUCUCCCACCCCAGCUCUCGUUCGCGCACUUCUACUUUUCUAUGCAGACCCUGCUACGCGUCCCAUCUCUGUUGACCAUCUCUGGAUUCACCUGUUUGCUCGAGCACAAACUCAAUAUCUAUUCCCCAACUCUUCAGAAUACCCAAACAAGCGCCCCCUAAGCGACAUCAAGCUCUGUGCUUGGUGGAAGCGACAAUUUAACACCGUCGCAAGCGAGUUAGCUUCUCGAGUGGGCGAGACCUGCCGUACGAAACUGUACUAUAUCCUACCCGGUCUCAGCGAGUUUGAAGCCUUUCACUCGCUGGAGAGGGUAUACCCAUCAACAGGUUCAACGACCAGUUGGACAUACGGACAUCCCUACUCCCAGAACGAUAUCCCCCUACCUUGUCCUUCGGGAGGUGAUUCGCGUCAUCUUGGGCAAUGCAUACCGUCAUUCGAUGAUGACCCCAAAUCUCGCUUCAUAGACGAGAUCGCUUACACAACGGAUGCGGAUGGUGUCAGGUCUCCCGAACGAAAACGUCCAAGAGCGGAUACUUUAAAAGCACACGAAGAAGAAACAGCCGAUGCUCCAGAAAAGAAGGAAGGUCGGAACAAAAAAGAGGAACAGACGAAUAAAGAAGUAAAGAAGGUGUCUGCGGAAGAAUUCUGGGAGCGAAUGUCGUUCCGACAGGAAUGUAUAGCAGGGGCCGUCACGGGCUUUUUCGUGGUAGCUGUCUCUGCUACCACACCAACGCCUCUCUCGAUGAGCGAGGUCUCGCCGCUUGCGCCCCAGCCAGGGCAGGUUUCCUCGCAAAUGAACAAACGUGUAUUGACGUCACUGCUGACCAGCCAUGAAUUUCCAUCUGUGGAAAAGGCGGUGUGGUCGACAAAAGUCAUUGAAGAUUCUAUACGAGGGUUGUGCGAUGGUUUAAAGUCCAAUCCUCGUCCGCUUGUUGCGCCAGAGAGAUCGGGCCGACGAACGCCUGAACCCGACAGUGGUCGAACCACACUAGCACCUCCCAAAACGCCUCCUCCUCGUCUGGUCAAUGGCAAGAGGCCGAUGGUCGACAUAUCUCCCAAUCCAUUUCCAGAGCCGGUUGCUUCUCUGGAGACAUACAACUCGUACAUAUUUGGUUCUAUUGCGGUGAACAAUCUCCUACCGCCGAGAAGGGAUGACGGGGAUGGUACAGGCGCUGGUAACGGCAGACCUCCAGUAAUCACGGUGCUGACAGCGAGGAAGAAGAAGCGGACAAAAUCAUAAAAGGAUGCGCGGGUUCUGCAGGUCAGUCACGGUAAGACCGCGAUUACGUCGCUGGUGUUGACGUACGUACGACUGGCCUUGAAUGAGUUGUAGCAGAGCGUCGCGGGUACCCAUUUUUAGGCUUGUCAUGUUGCUCUUUAUGAAAGUGAUGCUUACACCUCGCGCUAGCUUGAUAUGAUCGGAUCUUGGACCGUGUGCUAGUGCACGGUAACUGGGGUGGUUACGGGGCAAAGUGACUACCAGGCUCGAAGUUUGAUGGCAGAAAGAUUUGAAAUUUGAAUUGAGAUCUAGGUUUGGGAGAACGGACGUUUGCGUUCGGUCGAAGAUUCUCGGGAUUUCAUUAGUUAUCUGUAUGGGCUGAUGCUACGCCUUUACGUCUGAGAGGGCAUCGAUAAGGAGACAAAAAGUGAGAUUUGGAUUCGGGACAUUUGGUUUGGAUGCAGU